AUGGAGGAGUUGGAAGAGGACUCACCUUAUGAGGGGGUCGCUCCCACAGCAGCAGUAGCAGCAGCAGCAACAUCAACGAGAACAACAACGGAACCUCAGCCAGCGACUGCAUCUGCAGAUGCCACUAUCCCAGCCGCAGAAGCACCAGCAGCAGAAGCAGCAGCAGCAACAGCAGCAGCCACACAGGAUGAGUGGGGCCUGUUUGGUGGUGACGAAGACUCCUUAGACGGGGACAGCGACCUUGACAGCCCAGCAGCAGUAGCAGAAGAAGAAGAUCCAGAAGAGGAUCUGCAGCAGCAAGAUGUCCUUGCAGCAACAGCUGCAACACCAGCAACUGCAACACCAGCAGCUGCAGCUGCAGCUGCUGCUGCAGCAGAGAUGGAAGCAGCUUGCUGGACAUCGCUGGAGCAGCAGCAGCCGGACGUUCGCGCUGCGCUGCAGCGGCGGCUGCUGCGGCUGCAGGAGAAGGGGAAGCUGCUGCUGCCGCUGCACCCCCUGCCUCCUUCUAAGUUGCUGCCCAUACCCGAGGUGCUGUUGCAGGAGCAACAGCAAGAGAAACAACAGGCGCAGCAGCAGGAGCAGCAGCAACACGACGAUUUAAAGUAUGAGGCUGGAAGCAUACACAAGGAGCAGCAAGAGCAGCAGCAGCAAACAGCUGAUCAGCAGACGGCAGCUGCUGUUGCUGCGUCUGCUGCUGCGUCUGUUGCUGCAUCAAAUGACGGCACAGCAGGGGCACAAGAGGCAUCAGCAGCAGCAACACAGGAGGCUGCAGCAGUCGCAGCAGAGAAACCGGCCGAUGCGCAGCCAACUAGAGAAGCAGGGCCUCGAGAAGCAGCAACAGCAGGAAGUUCUGCAGCAGUAACACCAGCAGCAAGUGCAGCAGCAGCAAAGAGACACCUGAAAAUUAUAAGGGAGCAGCAGCAGCAAAUUAAACAACUGCAGCCUCACGACAUUCUCUUUGGGCAUAUCUACAGUAAAUUAAAAGCGUUGAAGCGGAGAGCAGCUGUUGCAGAGAUACGGCGAGGUAAAUAA